AAUUUCAUUUUAUUUCUAUCACUUUUCUUUGUUAAAAAGAAUAAUAAUCUUCUUCCUGGGUAUAAUCUUUCUUUUUGUUGGAAAUCCCAGGUAGAAUUCUUCACGGGAUCAUUCAAAAAUUAUAUGAAUUCAACAAUAACGACUUAGUACAAUAUCACAAGAGUUUUUACCUCCGUAAAGAACACACGAAGAAAUCGAGAUAGGUUAUGUUUAAAAAUGAAGAAAAAAAUUUAAAAAUCUCUUAACAUUAUCAAUAAAGACAAGAUUUUUAGUUUAAAAAAUGUUUCUAAAGUGGUUUAUGAUAAGUUUUGUGUUAUUAGGAUCUUUAACCGUAACAAAUUGUAUCGAAUUAAAAUCGUACAUUUCAUCGCAAGGUCUCCACGGAACAAUCUCAUUUAUUUACCACCAAAAUAAAACUGUAAUUUUAAAAACCGAUUUAGAAUUAACUCUUCAAUAUGCAUCACAAACUCUUUCUUGGUACCUUAUGGAAUUCCCUGUUGAUUAUUCAACCAUUGAAAAUCGAUGUUCCUCAGAAAAGUUAGGAAAGAAAUUGAUUAAUUUCGAUGAAAUAUUUGGAUAUUUAAUUUUACCAGAUAAUAAUACCAUUGAAAUAGCAACGAAUAAACUUGAUUUAACCGGAAUUAAGGGGCUUUAUGGAAAAUCUUUGUUGUUAAAAAACUUGGAAACUAAUUCUUAUGCAUGUUCUUCAAUAACACUCGUUGAUAAAGUUUUAGAGAAAACCGCAGUUGCGCGAUUUUAUACUCCCAUAGCUGGGAUGGUUUCUUUCCGUUGGUUCUCAACCAAGAAUAAUAACAAAGAAAUGUUAAUUUCAACAGAUUUAUACCGAGUUGGAGACGUCGAAAAAAUUGGAAAAAUCGAUGUUACAGAACACAAUUGGAAAAUUUUUGUUACCGACAUCUUAGAAGGACAUAAAGGAAGAUCCGAAGAAAAUUGCAACAUGUUACAAUUAGUUUUCGACCCAGAUAAUUCAGGAAAUAAUCAAACAAUGGGUGAUAUCGAUUUACGAGUAGGAAAAGUUAAGGUAUCGGGCGAUAAAAAGAAACGAUAUAAAACAUUAUUUAGGGACGAAACUUUAACGUUAUUACCAAACGAUUUAACGGGAGUGCGAAGAAGAUUAUACUUGGUGAUAUUUAGAAAUAAACAUCCCGAUAGUUUUUUAGCAUGUGCUAAAAUCCAAUAUGAACAUCCAAUUAAUGCAAAAGUUAUUCUUCAAUCCGGAGGAAUUAAAGGAGAAAUUAAACUAUCACAACACAAUUUAUUUGAACCAACAUUUAUCGAUUUUAACAUAACAACAGCUCGUGAUGAUAUUGAAACAAAGUUGGUUUAUUCUUCGUCAAUCGGAGCCUAUAAAAUCCACGAAUUACCUUUGAGCCCAUCAAAAACAAUCGAUCCUUAUAAUAGGUUGUGUUUAACAAGUAAAUUUAUAUUUAACCCCUUAAAAAAUGAUAUCAACGUUAUCCCAAACGGUUAUGGAACGCAAGAUCAAUAUCCAAUUGGAGACCUUUCAGGAAAACUUUUAGGUCGUAACUCAGAAAAAUCAUUAAUUGAAAACAGCCAAGAAUUACUUGGAAAAUAUUGGGAUACUUAUUUACCGUUACAAGGUCAAUUUUCUGUUGUAAAUCGAGCUUUCGUUCUUUAUAAAUUAGAAGAACUUGAUAAAAAUGAUAUGUACAUUAAUAAUCCGAUGCAAGUUUGGAUUUGCGGGACUAUCACUUUAUACGAUCAAGAUUUUAAACAUUUACAACCAAUGUUUACGGCUCAAGUAUUAUUUCGAUAUCCAAUAGUAGGAAGGAUCGUUUUUCGACAACCUUCCAAUGAACCAUGGAGAGAUACUUCAAUUUUUUUUGAUUAUUUAGUUCACGCCGAUGGUUCUAACCUAAAUAAUUCAGCCGAGCAUCGUUGGGCAAUUCACGAUUUACCACCGGGAAAAGAUUUUUACGAUUGGCAAAAUCGUUGUAUGAGUGUUGGAGAUAUUUAUAAUCCAUUUAAAAUUGAUUUAGAUAAAUCAGCACCAUCAGAAGGAUGUUACUUAGAUAGUAUGGGUUAUUGUCGAGUUGGUGAUUUAUCAACUAGAUUGGGACCUUUAGAAAUUGCGGGGAAAAAAAUUGAUAGCGAUCGAAUAACUAGAAAGUAUCUAAUCGACUCUUAUUUACCAUUAACGGGUCCUCACACAAUUUUAGGAAAAUCGUUUGUAAUUUAUGAUGAUCACGGGCCAAAAGCGCGCGGGGAAAGAAUGGCUUGUUCAAUAAUUGGUGGAAUUUAUCGUCGAAAAGCUGUAGCUCGAGAUUGGUUUCCAAACGGGGAUCCAUUAACUGUAAAAGGAAAAAUAGAAUUUUAUCAACAAACCGAAUAUGAUAUCACAAAUAUUGAGGUUGAUUUAGAUGGUUUAGAUGAUAAUUCCGGCUAUCAUAUUCAUAUGACCCCUAUAGAAGAAAAUUUGGAAUUUCCAUGCGAAGCCACUACUUUAUAUGGCCAUUGGAAUCCGUUAAUGGUUUCACCAUUAUCUUCACCACGAACAUAUCACGGAACAUCAGAUCAAUAUGAAAUGGGUGAUUUAAGUGGAAAAUUUGGUGGCUUAGAUAAUCAUACUCUAUUUAAGGGGGCUUAUAACGAUACUAUGUUACCGUUAUUUGGUCCUUCUAGUAUUUUAGGACGAUCUAUCGUUAUUCAUAAACGAUUUGACAGUCGUCGUUGGGCUUGCACAACUAUAGAGCGUGGAUAUAGCCCAUCUGAAGCACGAGAAUUACGUGCCAUCGCAUCGUUUCAUCACCCCGAUGGGUUCGCUUAUGGUUACUUAAGAAUGACUCAAUUAAUUUAUAAUGAUGGAAGUGCAAGUGAUACGGUCAUCGAGGUAAAAUUGCGACAUCCUGGAAAAUUCGAUAGAAAUAUUACGAGAAAUCAUGAUUUUGCGAUUUAUGUUAACCCAGUUGGUGUUGAUGCUUCUGUUAAAACCCAAAAUACAAGAUGUGUUGCUGCUGGUUAUGUUUGGAAUCCUUAUUAUACACAAUUAGCUGAUCCCUUAAAUUCUGAACUUUAUAAUCAAGAAUGUGGUCCGGAAAAUCCAUUAAGAUGUUACGUAGGUGAUUUAUCAGCACGAUUAGGUACGAUUGAUAUAGGUUUAGAACGGAAAGUUUUGGUCGAUCCAAAUUUUCCAUUGGAAGGUGUUGAGAAUGCAAUGGGAAGAUCAAUCGUAAUUUUAAGCCCUAAUAAAGAUUCCAGAAGAUACGCAUGCGCUAAUAUUGAACCAGAUUAUGAUAUAAUUAAAUAUGCAAACAUAGAAAAACCGCCACGAUUUGUUCUAGCACAAUUUAUUGAUGAUGUCAGAGAAGUUAUGGGAAUUCCCGAAUGGAUGUUAACCGUUGAUUCACGAAAAGUACGAACGUUACAUAACAACGCUUGCGUACAAUUUUUGAUGCAUUUCAAAGGACCAAUUGCGGGACAAUUGGAACAAGAUUUUAGUAGAUUACUUUCGAUAGGAAGACUCGAUUCACCGACUUUAUACAUUCCAGGGUUUAUUAAUACAAAGAGAAAAGUAAAGCUUUCCUAUAAACAAUGCGGAAUGAGAGAUCCUAAUGAGAAAAAAGCAAAAAAGAAUUUUUUUAGUAUAAGCCAAGGAUAUAAUAUGAGAAUUAAUAACAUUUUGAAUAUUUUUAUAACAAUUACAGUUACCAAAUUUGUGAUUUUAUAAAGUUAUACUUAUAUAAUUUAUUUUUUAAAAUAAAAAUUCAACGAAAUUAAAAACGCCAUCUUAUAACCAACAAAAAAACUAACCAUGUUAAGUCAUUCCUGUCAAAUCAACCAUUUUAGAUUAUGUUUAUAAUCUCUAAAAUUACAACAAUGUUAUUAUGAUACAAUUUAAAAAGUGGAUCAAGGAAAUUUAGCAUGCAUUGGUUUCUGUAUAUCCAGAAAUAAAUACUCAGGACCACAUAUAACCUACAAAAAAAUUAACCAUCUUAAGUCAUUCCUGUCAAAUCAACCAUUUUAGGUUAUGUUU